AUGUACUUUUCUUUACUUUUGUUUGUCACGAUAUUUUUUUCGAAGACUUGUUUUGGGAAAAGUAAACCUGUACAUUAUCAGCCUGAACAGAUUCAUUUAUCAUUUGGUGGGCCAAAUCAGAUGAUUGUCACAUGGAACACAUACAGCCCAGUUAAGGAAUCCAUUGUUGAAUAUGGAAUAGAUCAAAUGAAUUUUCAGGCAAGUGGUAGCAGCCGAAUAUUAGUCAACAGCAAGGAGAGUCCUCCAUUUAUCGCCAUCCAAUAUGUUCAUAAGGUUGUGCUGAGUGGCCUUAAACCUGGAACCAAAUAUAUUUACCACUGUGGCAGCCGUUGGGGUUGGAGUUCAAUAUUUACAUUCACAACCAUGCCAGAUGAUAUCAACUGGGUUACCAGGAUUGCCCUGUUUGGUGACAUGGGAAAUAUAAAUGCUCAAUCAUUAUCUCGCCUUCAAAAGGAGACAGUGAAAGGGAUGUAUGAUGCAAUUUUUCAUGUAGGUGAUUUUGCCUAUGAUAUGCAAGAUAAUGGUGGUCAAACUGGUGAUGAAUUCAUGAGGCAAAUCCAGCCUAUAGCAGCUUAUUUGCCAUACAUGACCUGCCCAGGAAAUCAUGAAGCAUUUGGCAACUUCACAAAUUAUAAACUUCGAUUUAAUAUGCCUGGAGAUGUAAAUAGCAUGAACAUGUUUUACAGCUUUAAUAUUGGACGAGCCCAUGUGAUUUCCUUCUCUACCGAAUAUUAUUUCUUCAUCGAGUAUGGAUUCUGGCAGAUCAAAAAUCAAUAUGAUUGGUUGAUAAAGGAUCUUGAGGAAGCUAAUAAACCUGCUAAUCGUGCUAGGUACCCAUGGAUAAUCACAAUGGCUCACAGGCCCAUGUACUGUUCUAAUAAUGACAAAGAUGACUGCACUAAGUCUGAAUCUUUGAUCCGCAUUGGUAUACCAUGGUUUCACAAGUUUGGUCUUGAAGAUCUCUUCUACAAAUAUGGUGUUGACCUGUGUUUCUGGGCUCAUGAACAUUCCUAUGAAAGACUCUUCCCAAUUUAUAAUAGAAAGAUGUACAAUGGCAGCCAAGAAAAACCAUACACAAAUCCUAAAGCCCCUGUUCAUAUCACUACUGGAUCGGCAGGUUGUCAGGAGAGGCAUGAUGCUUUCCACAAUAAAACUGCUGCCUGGUCAGCAUUCCGAAGUCUGGACUAUGGUUAUACCAAAAUGACCAUUUAUAAUGAGUCACAUAUUUACAUUCGACAACUGUCUGAUGACCAGGGUGGAAAAAUAAUUGAUAAAAUUUGGUUGAUCAAAGAGUAUCAUGGUUCUUAUGAAGACAACACUUUGAAGUUCCAGCGAUUCAACAAUGAGAAAGAGAGGCUGAAAUCACCUUUCUUCAACUUUCAGAAUUCACAAAUGGAAUUCUAA